UAAAUUCCUCUCUGUCUCCUUCUGUGAAAAUGAGCGACUGAGAACCUCUGUAGAGACCAACACAGAGAGACAUGGUAUCACAUACAUACACGCGCGCGCACAAAAAUACACAUGCAUGCACACAUUAUUACACUGUGUUUGAGCUCCUAGGCUGAGCCACACAGUAGGGAGCUGUGGGUGCAGAGCAGGCAUUCUGGGAGAAUUCGGCACGGCCGACAGCAGCCAGGCAGAACGCCGCGACGACAGCUCUCAUCUAAUAGAACGCGGCAACAGCGCGGCAACAGCACGGCAACGCGGCAAAAUCCCCGCCGAGUGAUCCGUGGGCGGCGUUCGAGACUCGUCAGCGGAUGGAUGUGUAGCGUGGACAUGGGCUGUCAUCUUUAACAGGCACACUUCACCGGAGGAGCGGUGAUGAAAAAUAAGAAGAAUUAAGCACUACCGUCUACCGAGCACAGCAGUUGGUCUCCAGUCGUCAGACCGGACGAGAGGUUGGAGGUUUAGGGUAGAAUAAACGGGUUUGGAAAACGACAUGUUACAUUUCAUUAGCAGUGCCACUCGGUGUGCGCGUGUGAGUGAGUGAGCGAGAGAAAGAGAGAACGCCAGCAAGUGAAAGAGAGGGAGGAGGUUAAGUCAGUGAGAGAGACGGAGAGGGAGAUGAGAGCUGCUGUUUUGUGGUGCCGGUGCCGUCCUUGCUGUCUGUUGUAGGCUAAAGCUCAUUCGUGUGUAGCGGGCUGCGUCUCUGUGUCUGAGUGUCGAGGUGUGUAUGAGUGUGUGUGCGCGCGUGUGUGUGGAGUGUAUUCGCUCUGGGCUGGAGGGCAUAGCCAAGAAAAAUGUCAGCAAGUCAACAACAAGAGAGGAAGGUUGGUUGGAUGUGUGUUGGACGCUUCUCCCACGGCAGCAGAUAGGAGGAAUAGCUAAGAACUCUCUCCAGACUGUCGGUUUGCCGGUGUGUCUGCCUGCCUGUCUGUCUGCCAGUCUGUUUGCCUGCCUGUCUGUCUGCCAGUCUGUUUGCCUGCCUGUCGGUCUGGCCGGCUUACGUGAAUGAAAUCUUUGGCGGAGGGGAGAGCUUCAGUCCACAGCUGUCAAGGAUUCUAUCGUCUGACAAAGAUGGAGUCAUUCUGCUGCCGUGGACGUUAACGGGUGCUUGGUCCGGGCGGAGAAGCGAGGCGACGGAAGGUACCGAGGCGCUUGGGUUGGCUGACGGCAGCCCAGCCCUGGAUUUCCACGGGAGAUCAGAAGAAGAAGAGAAAGCUAUGUGGCGUCACCGCUGCCGCCUGCUCGUGGUGGAGUCGCCGACCGGUGGUCGUUAAAACGGUUUGAUCGGUGAAGCCGCAAGCCUACUCUCUCCCUCUUCUCGUCUCUCGCCCCCCCCCCCAUAACUUGCCCCCCCCCCGGCAACGUUUGAGUGACAGCAGCUGUUUCCUUGUGAGUCUGGAGACGUGAGAAGACCCUGGAACCUCGAUGAAGAUGCUGAUGUGUGAUCGGGGCAUUCAGAUGCUGGUGACCACGGUCGGGGCUUUCGCCGCCUUCAGCCUCAUGACCAUCGCCGUGGGAACGGACUACUGGCUGUACUCGCGGGGGACGUGCAAAAUCAAGAGCAACAACGACAACGACACCAGCCGCAAGAACGAGGAGGUGAUGACGCAUUCUGGUCUGUGGAGAACCUGCUGUCUGGAGGGAUCGUUCCGAGGAGUGUGUAAGAAGAUUGAUCACUUCCCAGAGGCUACAGAUUAUGAGGCAGAUGCAGCGGAAUACCUCCUCCGAGCAGUCCGAGCCUCCAGUUUAUUCCCCAUAAUGAGUGUAGGUCUUCUGUUUCUGGGAGGGUUGUGUGUGGCUGCCAGUGAGUUCUACAGGAGCCGUCACAACGUCAUCCUCAGUGCAGGCAUCUUCUUCGUCGCCUCAGGUCUCAGCAACAUCAUCGGCAUCAUCGUCUACAUCUCGGCCAACUCCGGCGACCCCGGCCAGAGUGACAGUAAGAAGAGCUACUCCUACGGCUGGUCCUUCUACUUUGGCGCGUUGUCCUUCAUCAUGGCAGAGAUGGUGGGCGUUCUGGCCGUUCACAUGUUCAUCGAGAAGCACCGCAAGCAGCGCGCCAAGUCCCGCACCGAACUCAUCAAGAAGUCGGCCUUCAGCCGGAUCCCGUCCUACCGCUAUCGCUUCCGGCGCCGCUCCAGCGUCCGUUCCUCCGAGGCGCCCAGCCGAGAUGCUUCUCCGAUCGGAAAGGGUGGUUACACGGGCCCAGCGGCCUCUGACCUCCCAAUGUACACGCUGACCCCCCGCGAUGUGGGCACCAAGGCCGCCAUGGGGGCGCUGCUCAACUCAGAAAGGGAGUUCCUACAGGGAGGAACCCUGGGCAAGGACUACGGCAAGGACGCGGCCAAUAGGAGAACCACGCCCGUCUGAAGGAGGCGGGAUCUAGGAGAUGAUUGGAUGAGAGAUUUGAGGAUGAUGAAAAGAGACAGUAGGGGAGGGAGAACGAGGAAGGGAGAAGAGGCUUCUAAACAUUGAACUUUGACCUCUCUUUGCCCUUUUUGUUCUAGUAGUAAAGGGUCAAAGGUAGGAGUUGUUCCUAACCACAGAUCUUGGAUCAGAUUGCUCAACAUUUAACCCUUCAACCUCAACAGUUGAACGGGUAAAGGUGAAUCCAUCAAUUAUUAUUGAUGUAUUCAUUGUUAAAAUUAUUGAUUGAGAAAAACCAACAUGUCAAUAGAACAGUGGUUAAGAGCAGCAACUACCUACUCCAAGUAGGGAGACAGAACAGACCUGUUUGACCUCUGAACUUUGAACUGUGAACUUUAACCUCUCCCAUGCAGGGAGGGGGAGGGGACACAGACAGCUUCCACUGUUCCGCUGUUUCUGGACCAGAUGUUAGGGUUGCAGAAUUCCUUUCCCAAAAUGUGGUCCUCCACAGAUUCUGGUGGGAGGACUCAGAAUUUGCUUCUUAUUUCCUCUUCCUGUAGUCUCCCAACUAGAAUUUCUGGAAAACUGUGAAUUUGGGAAAAAUUUAUUGUUGUAACCCUACCAGUUAUAUUUAACAAAACAGGUAGAGCUUAACCACCCACAGCCCUGGUCUAGGAUCUGAUCUGUAUUCUCCCCCUAGUGGUGAGAAUAAUAUCAGGAUCUGAUCUGUAUUCUCCCCCUAGUGGUGAGAGUAAUAUCAGGAUCUGAUCUGUAUUCUCCCCCUAGUGGUGAGAGUAAUAUCAGGAUCUGAUCUGUAUUCUCCCCCUAGUGGUGAGAGUAAUAUCAGGAUUGUAUUUGUAUUCUCCCCUUAGUGGUGAGAGUAAUAUCAGGAUCUGGUCCGUAUUCUCCCCUUAGUGGUGAGAGUAAUAUCAGGAUCUGUUCUGUAUUCUCCCCCUAGUGGUGAGAGUAAUAUCAGGAUCUGAUCUGUAUUCUCCCCCUAGUGGUGAGAGUAAUAUCAGGAUCUGAUCUGUAUUCUCCCCCUAGUGGCGACGUUAACCCAUAAUCACGUUUCAAAAUGUCCUGAUAUCAUUGUCUUACAUCAGAAGACUCUUGUCUCUGGUGCCAUCAGCCUUUACGAGAUGUGAGAUAGAUGAGUACGGGUGGAAUCAACACUUACAUGAAGAUUUGUUUUGAUUCAUAAUGAACAGUGAAUUGACACUGGGACCUAAUCUAGUCAAUUCAUAAUCAAAUCUUAGGACUGUUUAUGAAUGCAGGUCUUGAUCUUUGACUGGUGGUUACAGCGUUAACUACUACCUGGGGUUUAGUUGACUCUUAAAUGGUUGAUGUUAGAUCCUAGAUUUGUGGUGGGGAGGUUGAUUAUGACCUGGACUAUAUUUAACUCUUGGUUGGUUGAUUAUCCUUGGUGAUUAUCCUUGGUGAUUAUCCUUGGUGCUUCCUUUACCUUUUUACUCCUCUACACCAGUCUGCCGGCCAUACUUUUUUUUUCACCUUAAACUGUUAAGAAAAGACAUGGUGCCUGACCUCAUCCACACCCACGUCCCCUGACCUCAGCUACACCCUCAUCCCUAACCUCAUCCACAACCCAAUCCUUUUCCCACUCACCCACAUCCCACCACACCUCUCCUUCACUCCCGUCUCAUCUCUCCUCAACCCGCCUCAACUCUUCUCACCCCCCUCUACUUUCCUCAACCCGCCUCAACUCUCCUCACCCGCCUCUACUUUCCUCAACCUGCCUCAACUCUCCUCACCCCAACUUUACUUUCCUCAACCCGCCUCAACUCUCCUCAUCCCAACUUUACUUUCCUCAACCCGCCUCAACUCUCCUCACCCAACCUUUACUUUCCUCAACCCGCCUCAACUCUCCUCACCCUAUUUUACCACUUCACAGAUUUGCUUGUCUAAACACUUUCACCUGUAGAGUAGAACAAAAUGUCUGGAAGUGUUUAAAAUGCUGUGUGUUAUAUAAUGUAACAUAAACGUAUUUUGUUGGCUCAAAAAGAAGACUGAAGACCCGGAGAGUAGGGUAUAUUUGUACUGGAAUAGGGCUUGGAAAGAAUUAUAAGUAAAAUAUUGUAAAGUACUGGAAUAGGGCUCGGAAAGAUUUAUUAGUAAAAUAUUGUAAUGGGUCCGAUGGGUAAGAAAGAUGUGUUUCUAAUGGAGCUACUGAUUAAUUUUCUUAGCUGAAACAACCUUUCAACCACCCAGCCCCCCCGGCCCCCCCACACUGCCAGGUCUUCUCUUCCCAGGCCCAGACAAUCAUAGCCCCUACAGUUCUUCUGAGCUCUGUUUGCCCCUGGUUCUAACAUGUAUUUGUUGUCCUGAUCUGGUCCACAUUCACAUUUCAUCCACAUUUGUUUGACAGGUGUAGACAAUCAAAAGACACGUUUUGAACUGUGAAUUAUUGACAACAAAAGGCUAUCUACCAUUCCCAAUAAGAUGGUCUUCAUCCUAAAUCAAGUGCCUUCACUGGCACGGUAGUGAGAUGCCACAGUACCAUCCACUUCAGAUAACGCAUAUAGAAAUAAACAAAUGAAGGAAGAGAUUUAGCUCCAAAUGAGAGAAAAUGGAUUCUACUCCUUCCCAGAUCCAAAAACGUGGAGUAGAAAGGCUAAGGACUCUGGCAGGAGCGGGACGGAAAAAAGCUGAUGUGCAGUUUAUUGCAAGCUAAUGAGUUAUAGGAUACCUUUUUGUAAUGUCCAAUAAAGCUUUUAUACAAGAUUUAUAUAGUUUGGAUCAGGAAAUCUGGUCAUAAUGCAGACCCAUUGGGCAGAAAACAGACACAUUUUAUUAAUAUUUAGAUGCAACAAUCUCCAUGACAUAGUUACCAGAUCAUCUUGAUUGGAUGAGGACAAUCACAUGUUUGUGCAAGGAGUAAACACAGCCUUAGAAAGAAAUGUGAUAUCAGUCAUACAUGCAACAUGUUAGCCACGCCUAACUCAUCAUACAUGUAAAACAGCUGUGUCAUUGGUCCUGCGUGUAUGAAACUGCACACGUGUCACACUCUAAAUCCCUCACAUAUUCACCCGUCAUGUUGUCUGUUCAGAAAGAAGAUUUUAUGUGAGGUCACGUUUGUGACGUCAUACAAGUAGAAAGACACAAAGUUGUUCAACCAGCACUUAAAUCCCAGAACACUAUCGACAAAAGGCCAGAGGGACGGAAAGCGAGGGAAGAAAGGGAAAUGGACAAAUAGAAAAGCUAAAGUGCGAGAGAAGGAGAUAGGAAGGUUGAGUUGGACAUUUUUGCAGUAGGCAUAUGCCUAACUACAGAAAGUAGCAUGCUGUGAGGUCGUUCAGGUCCUUCGGGAUCAUUCAGGGUUUCUUUUGUAAAGCAGGAAUCUCCCACAUAAUGUGUUUAUUCUCCUCCACCUAAACCUUGACACUGUUUUAUAGAGUAAUGAAACAUGAAGAACCACGCUAAGCUGACGCUACAAUAGCACACUUCUAUCAUGAUAAAUAAAUUAAUAAUAAAGUUGUUUCAAAGUCUAUAAACUGUUGAGGUGAUCAUGCUGUGCUGUAUACUUUAUGUCAGAUGACCAGGGAAGUAGUGAAAGUAGUGAAAGAUCCAGGUGAUAAGCGCUAAUGCUAAUGAAGCUAAUUUAAGCCACAGAGUUACAUGAACACAAAUAAACUAAACUUAAAUUAGCAAUUAGCAUGGUUAUCAUACAUAUGUGGCACAUAAGCUUUGCUAGCCUACAUACUUAUUACACAAAAUUAGCAUUAUUAGUGUUAGCUGGAAAAGCUGUGUUAGCAACAUCUACCCCACACUACUGCCCAUAUUUACUAGAACCUCUGGAACAGCCAUCUAUGACAGCCUCCUAAUGUAAAUAGUAGAUAGGCAAGCCAUGAAGCUAAAAUUACAUACGGUAAGCUAACCUACGCUAGGCUAGGCUAACUUAUGCCAGGCUAUGCUAUGUUAUGCUAGGCUACGCCACGAAGACUAAAGCCAAGGUUAGGUGAAAACAAUACAUGACUUGUUUUUCCAAGGGCUUUCAUUUUUAAUCCACAUGAUGAGUAUACAAGGGCUUCUAAUGCUUGACUAGGCUAACCUACUUUAGAUGAGGUGGCUCCUGAAGCACGAUGCUGGUAAUAUAUAUAACAGCUCCAGUUAGGUAUCCAGCUGGACAACAACAGAAAUGGUACUUGAUGCUACAAUACUGUUAUACAGUAGACAGGGAUUUCACUUUUAGACUAGGUUAACGAACCCUAGGCUAGGCUGUGUAGCUAGCUCAUUGUAGCUAAGUUAACCCUCUCUGAUGUGAUCGUACUGUGUAGUUAGGCUGGACCAACAUACACUGGGCUAAAUGUAAUUAGCGCAGUGUAGCUGGGCUAAUCAUCUCUGAUGUGAUCUCACUGUUAUUUAGGCUAAGCUAACAUACUCUCAGCUAAGUGUAACUAGCUCAGUGUAGCUAUUAUGAGUGUGCCAAGACAAGUAUCAUAACAGAUAGUGAGACCUUUCCUAAAACCAUUAUGAUACAGCAAUUUUUGAUAUUUUCUGUGAUUGGAAAACAAAUAUUUUCACAUGUCCGUAUAAAAUCUUAUUGGCUAGUUUGGCUGCCAGUAAAGAAAUGGAGCGUGCUGAAUCAGUUGGAUUAGAACAAGUGCAAUUCCCCCACCUUACUUCUCUAUAAACCCCCCCCCCACACACACACACACAUAAAUGGCAAAACUUACAUUGUUUUUGAAACACUAUACUACAUAUUAUACACAUUAACGUGAGCAGCAUUAUUUUGAUAAUUAUAUGUGUUUAUAUUUGAAUAAGACUAAAAGCUUUCUGGUUCCUGUCUUGGCUUUGAACAAUGUGGGAAUGCAUGAAGAGACUAUUGAGAUGGGCUGUGAAUCGCGAAGUGCUUUACAAGCAUUUAACCCUUCUUGGUUUUCUAAUCACAAGUAAAUCCUAUUAAGUAACAAGUAUCAAGUGGGAUAAAAUGUAUAUGAUCACACGUAUGUGUAUGACUAGUUUGACACACCCUUAAUAGCUAGGCUAACCCUAUCUAAUGUGAUCUCACUGGUAAGUAGGUUAGGCUAACAUGCAAUAAGCUAGACUAACCCUCUCUAAUGUGAUCUGACUGUGUAGCUAGUCUAGGCUAACAUACGCAAAGCUAUGUUAACUCUCUUUAAUGUGAUCCUACUGUGUAGCUAGGCUAGAAAACAAACACAAAGCUAGGCUAACUCUAUUUAAGCUUACUACUCUUAUCUAGCGUCACUAUAUAGCCUUGCUAAUGCUUAAAUUCCUGUAAACUUAGGUUUUGUUAUUUAGUUAUCUAGCUGGCAAUCUAGUUAGUUACUCGUUUAUACUCCUCUAUAAAUGACUACGGCAUACAUCUCCACAGUUAUCAGCCUGUCUAGACCAUGGGACCUUUGGUAACCUCUCUCAGAGGUCAGGUGUCAUGGGUUAGGGUCAAACAUCAAACUGCCAUCCAUGAGUCAUACAUCAGCCUCCCAGCAUGCAUCAGUGACGUCAUUGGCUUCCAACACUGACAUCACAUCCUGUCACAUCUCAGAUGGCACCCUGGCACUCUAUGUAAAAGUGCUGUACUUUAGCCCCUUUCUUUGGUACACUACUUUGGUACUCAAGGCAAUAGGGUACAACACAGGGAAUAGGAUACCAUUUGAGGCAGUGUCUUCCAUCUGCUUUCCCAUACCAGAUAUACAGUAUAUAUAGUAAAUAUCCUGAAGGUGCCAUUUUAAAGAGUGUCAAAACACUCCAAGUAGUUCUAAGUUGGAAUGGGUUUGAAAAGGGGGGAGGGGGGGGUUAUUUAUUAUAAUAAUAUUCUAUUUAUUUUCUACUGUGUGGUUUGUGAGUUGUGUUGUUUAUGAUUAGUAGUGAUAAUGACAUUCCCUCCCCCGGGACAACGUAGCAGGGAGAAGAGGAGGUGAUGGACAUGGAAGUGGGGGUGGGUCUGCCGGGGGAGGGGGUCUGAAUAUUUACGAGGACAUCACAAUUGCUUCCCUACAACCUCACUGGAACCACUGUGUUCUGUUGAUCGAGAGACGGAUUAAGGUAUGGAUCAGCGUACAGACGGACGGAACCUCGACUUAGCAGAACACCUUGGUCUGGACAUCAACUCUCUCUCCCGCUCUGAGUCCAUUAAGAGAAGAGGAGAGAGGAGGAGAGAGGAAAAAGGCGAGGAGUGUCAAAACACUGUGCAAGUUCCGGAAUCAUUGUAAUAUGUCUUCAGAUUUAGUGUUAAUAGACAUUGUGUGUGUGUGUGUGUGUGUGUGUGUGUGCGUGUGUGCAUGUGUGUGCGUGUGUGUGUGUUUUUGCAUUCGUAAAGCCACUGGGACUUCUGGAAGAAUGAGUUAGCUGGUGGGCCACAGAAAGACUUUGAUACUAACGUAAUUUGGAAUGGAAUUUGAUUUACUACUGCCACACACACAUUCAUGUACAUGUACACACACACACACGCACACACACAAACACCAAGAUACAAACUGACCUGAGGUGACAAAGAAGAUGCCUGCACUGAGAAUGACGUGGUAAUGCCUGUAGAACUCACUGGCUGUCACACACAACCCUCCCAGAAACAGAAGACCUACAAACACACACACACAGUUAAUAAUAUGUGUGUGUGUGUGUGUGUGUGUGUGUGUGUGUGGUCAGUGGCUCCUCUCCUAUCUAUCGAGUGCCUGCCUCUCCUGCCUUCUCCCUAUAGGAAACACACACAGACACUGACCUGAGAUGACAAAGAUGCCUGCACUGAGGAUGAUGUUGUAAUGCCUGUAGAACUCACUGACUGCCGAACACAACCCUCCCAGAAACAGAAGACCCCCCCCACACACACACACAAAAACGCACCUGCAUGAAGGUGUGAACACACACACUCCUACACACACACACACACUCCUACACACACACACCCUCCUACACACACCUGGAUCAGUGAAUGGGGUUUCAAAGAAGACAGGAUGGAUGAGCUCAAAAAAUCUGGAAAGUUCCUCGAAACAGUGAAAUAUGAACAAAACUGGUGACACUUGUACUUUUUGGAGUUUACUGAAACAACUUUCCUACUGUAGCUAGUAAAAUAUUGUAGUAGCAAUUGUUUGCUAUCUGUAGAUCAUUUUAAGCUGGUUUGCACAUUUUGGCUAACUGGCUAGCUAAUCUUUUUGGCUACCAGGCUAGCUUAUCAUCUUGGUUAACAAGCUAUCUUAUCAUCUUGGCUAACGGGCUAGCUUAUCAUCUUGGUUAA